GAUAUGUUCUGGUCAAGCGAUCUAGCAGCUUCUGGGAGCAAACUAGAUGAAUUAUUGAAGAAUGAUACUGCAACAUUAGCAGAUGUGUUGGAAGAUGAUUAUACGAUACAGGAAAUUCGCAAUGGCAAUCUUCAACUCAUCAAGUUUUUAACGAGACAAGAAGUAGUGGCUCAAAUGAUCAAAGGUGCAUUAGAGCCAGAAAUCGAUGAAACAUUACCACUGAAAGAACAGUACAAAAAAGCCCACCUAUGCGCUGAGAUCUUAUCGAUAAAUAAUGAAGAGCUUAGUAGGGCAGUUAUAAAUAAUGAAGAGGCAUGCAGUUUACUUUUUGAUUUCCUGGACAGCAGGAAGUUGAACCAUGUUAUCGUCAAUUUUUAUAUGAAAAUAUUCUCACAAAUUAUUGGUAGAUUCCCUGAUCAGGUAUUUCCUCGCAUGAAAGAAAGUCAGUUUUUGAUUCAUUGUAUGAAGAACAUGAAACAUUCGGCUGUAAUGGAACUGUUAUACCGCAUUGUUAGUGGCCUAUCAAAUAUUGAACAGCACGAUCAUAUCAAACAGUGGUGUGCGGAAAGUCGAUUGGUAGAAAGUCUUUGUGAUCUUCUUGUUCCAGAACAACCACCUGUUGUUCAUGACAACAUUGGUCAUUUAUGGAGCGAAUUGGUACGUAUGUUACGUGAUAUACAGUACACCGCAGAAUGCAAGCGGAAUGAUUCUUUACUGGAGAGUUUACAGUCGGAACGGAAUGUGCGACAUUUAAUGAGUCGUAUGUUACCUGACAAUUUGGAGCAGCGUCGCGAUUCUGUUAUUGUCAAUGCUGCCGCUAUUUUGAUUACUCUUUUGGAAACUAAUUUUAUCCCUAACUGUCCCAGUCAUCAAUUGGGAAUGGAGGAUCGUGGUAUUCAGACGCAAUGGUACGGUGGUGUGCCAGUCGCGGAAAAUGAAUUAAACGGUACAACUGUGUGGCAGCCUGAUGCAGGUCAUGUAGUAGAGACAAUCGUUGCCGCUUCAGCUGAUCGGAUUGUCAAUGCAGUAAUUGAUUCUCUCAAGAUAGGAGAUGGUGAUAUAGAGGUGUGCAGCGAUGCGUGGUGUCCAUUGAUGCGGUUGUUAGUGCUAGUACUGGAUACAAAUCAUAUGGCAACACAUCAGGCUGUUUUGGCAUCAUUUUCAUCUCUCUCAAUGAGCCCAUUCAAACUUUUCCUCACUUAUAUCAACACUCGUCCUCAACUUAUACUCUUUCAAAAUCUUUUACAUCGAGCCAUUGCUUAUAUUCUUUAUACACUUUCUCCUUCUCCCUCGCCGCUUAUACAGUAUUUAUUCAAGGAUGUGGAUAUAUUGGGGCACAUAUUGGCAGGUUGUGAAACAUCACAAACUGACUUUCUUCACGGAUCUUCAAAAAGAAUGUUGCAUGGUUUUUAUAUGAAUCUCGCAUUACUAAUUAAAUGUGCUUCCGAAUCCUCAUGCAAUGCUGAAUGCAUCACUCAGUUCAUUCAAGCAUCUGACCAAGCUGCCUGUUGGGAAGCUUUCUCAAAGGAAAUAAAAGAAUACGAGGAGAAAAAUCGUGGUGAUGACACAGGCAUCACUCUCCCACCGGCUAGUAAUGUUGUUGAUACGGCGAAGAUUGAUGCGUGUGAUGUUCCCGAACCUAUGGUCAGUAGUGCUGCAGAGUUAAUGGAUGAGUAUGAACGUUAUUUAAUACCCCGGUCUCUGGCAGAGGAUGUGACAAUAUCAUUCCCAUGCUCUUCUCAUAACAAUGAUUACGAGAUUACUGACAUCACGUCGGAUUGCGGUAUUGCAAAAGAUUUUGCUAACAUUGGAGGUGAAGAUAUGUUUGAUGCAAUGUGUGCAUUGAGAAUCGAUACAAGUAUUACAAGUAAGGAUUCAGGUGAUGGAUGGCCAAGUUCAAGGAAGCCCAAGGAAGUAGAUAGCAGGGCAACUAGCGAUAGUGGAAACGAUUCAAGAUCGAAGUUUUCCGUAUUUUGGAACGGCACUGCUCCCAUGCUGAAUUCUAGUGAAGUUGGUCCCAACGAUGUUCCUAUGGAAAGUGAAAAAGAUCCAGCAAAAACAAAUGUAGCGAAGGAAGAAAAGAAAAUAUCAAAAUGUGUCAUAGAAGAUAAAUGGCCGCAGGCUUCGUCAAUGUCCUCCAUGGAUUCCGGUAACUGGGCCGACUUCACAUCCAUGAAGCCGGACGACUGGCCUCCACCACAGUCUCAGUCUGAGGAUGAUGCAUGGAAUGAGACUGGCGAAGACAUAAUUCUCAGUCCUACGGCAGCAGCACUUAGCGGUGGUAUCGCGUCCGUUAUUAUGGCGGGAAACAUGAAGGAGUCCGAUUCUAAGAGUUCAGAAUGCUGAAGAAGUGCAUCAUUUCAUCUUGAAUCACGGACAGUUAUCUGUUAUAGAUUUUGUCUUAUUGGUGAAUGUUUAAAUUGGGAUUAUAUCGCAACGUUCUUGUAUAAUGGAAUAUUUGGAAAAUGUGUUUUAUGUUAGUGUAUUCUUUAUGAUUUUGGUUUGACUCGGAUCAACCAUUUCAUAGCCUUUCCAUUCUUUACAAAAUUUUCUCCAAGCAUAACUUUUAAAUGUACUGGAUUUUGAAAUUGCAAAUAAUAUGAACAACUUUAAUUUAUGUUGAUUAGGCUUUAGAAAAAUAGGACCGUCAGAAUUUUUACAGCCUCUAGAAAAAAAUCUGGAAAAAUUUUUGUGUACUCUGUUACAAUCAGUAAUAAACUACGGUGCGAUGAGAUGAAUUUUGGAGUUAAAAUCCUUUGUAUUCCUGAAUACAAUUUUUUUAUAAAUACUAGGAGCUAUUUGCACGUCCAUUGUAUCUUCAGUCUUUUUGGUUUUCUAAUGUUUUCUACUCAUGACAGGGAUAUGGCUGA